AGAGCCACAUCCCUGCUCUGCCUGCCUCCCAGCUGGAUGCUCCUCUCUGCCACACCGUCGCUGGUGAGCCGGAGAGGAUGGACACACUGCGAAGAAGCCUUUCUCGCUGGAAGAGGUACCACAUUAAGGUGCACUUGGCUGAUGAGGACCUGAUGAUGCCGCUGACCGUCAAGCCCAGAGACACAGUGAUGGACCUACGGGCUUACCUAGUACGGGAGGGCGUCACUUCCUGGAAGAAAACAUUUUAUUACAACUCCAGGCAGCUUGAAGAGCAUGAGACUUUGAAAGCAGCCAAUAUCCAGAACGGCUCAGUCCUGCUUCUUGUCAGCAACAAAAGAUAACGCCAAAGAGCACAGCAAAAGCCAUGGGAGACGGGGAGCGUGACAGGAGCUGAAAGGAAGCAGAUGGAAGGGAGCCUGACCAUGGAACGCAGCGUGGCCACGGGCGCUGCGAGCCAUGUGGUCGAAGCUGCCCAAGGAGAAGCGUGGGUUAGGCUGACUCAGCUCCUGAGGGCAAUGAAUCAGAGUGAAAUGCCCUUGAAAGGGUAAGUCCUGCCUGGAUGGUGAAGCAAGAAGGAGCUGAGGUGGGCUUUGCUAAGGGCCUCUGAUGGGAAUGGUUGACAUCUGAGCCUCCUUCCAACCCCCUUGCAGGAUUCCUCAGUAAGUUGGCCUUUGUUUUCCUAUGUGCAAGUCUGAGAUAAUUUGUUGUACCUUUUCUCUCACUCUUUGUCCACUGAAAUGUAAGUGACUCAGGGUAGGGACUGUUUGUGCUUCUGAGCAGUUCCUACGUGGUGUGGCCCUGAAUCCCAGGCUGAAAGCUCUGUCCAGCAAACAAGUGUUAAGUGCACUCAAAACAGUCCUGGUGCUUGACAGCCUUUAUAUAUCCCAAGGACAGAAGCUGGCUUGUCGCUGUAAUGGGGACUGUCUUGCCUGACAUUAAGGCUACACUGUUAUACCAAAACGACCUUAUUUUGAGAUGGAGCUUAUAGAGCAGUGAGCCUCCUUGUGUUGUUCUCCUACCUCUGUGCCAGUGCCCCAACUCCUGAACCAGCUGACCUGAUUCUGCCCAGUUUGACAGAGCGCAAGAGGUCUCACACAUCCAAGAUUCCUGCAAUUUUUGUGAAGAAGCAGCAGCUGGACAGAGGGCAGAUAUUUAAGUUAAUAUCCUAUUGCAGGAGAGGUAAUUGCAUCUCUGCUCCUAUCUGGUUUGAGGUGCAGCAGCCGGGUCAGCUGGCAUUUAGAUAGUGGCUGCUCAAUCAGUGCUUCUCUGCAAAGUGGUGCUGUGCUGCGCCAUGCCUGCAGGGCGGGAGGCUGCUGGGAGAGCUGCAGGCUUCGCUGGGGAGGGGAUGAGGGUGCCCUGGGGAUAUUGGGAGCACCGAGAAAGGGAGUGAAAAGAAAGCAGUUGUAAUACAUAAAUCAGGUGAAUGGGUUUCACCAGUUCCCCUGCUGACAGAACAACUCACUUUUUAGGUUUAAACUUAUUUUCAGGACAGAAUGAAUGUUUCUUUAAGCACUACAGUACAUUCCCCAGAAAGUUUUAGUGAUCAACAACUGUGGACUGAACCCCUAAACCUGCAUUUUCUGUUGCUCAGCCGAAGAAAAUGCCUUUCCAGAUUUUUUUUGGUGACAAGAAAAUGAUCUGAAGAAACACCAUAGCAAAUGGAGUUUCUCAUUUUCCAGGUCUUUUUUCCCCCUUUUCCCUACAAACAAGUAUUUUCCCACAUAUUUCCUUGGACUUUGCAUGGAAAGAGAUUCUGGGAUAGACAAAGAGAGGUGAGCACAGCUGAGGAGCUUUCAGCCCAAGCAGCAGAGAUGGACAAAAGGAGGGAUGUACCUUUCCAAGGUCACCCAACACGCUGGGAGCGCAGUGCUGGUGUGUGUGGGUCAGCAUUGCUGCCACUUCGCCAUGCGGCGCCUCUCCAUGUCUGCCUGUCCUGCCAUAAUGAGACUUCUGGAGCACAGCCAGUGCUUUUCUGAGAGCCUGAAAAGUGCCUUGCGCAGCCCAGGUGCAGCCAUAGUAAUAAUUUAAAUUUAACAAUAAUAUUAAAGUGGAGGCAUGCCACUGAAGAUGGGACCCAUUCAGCAACAGAACCCUAAACUAAUGUCUGUCUUCUGGUAAAAUGUACAAUUUGUCUCCCAGAGUCUGGGAGGCCACUAUUUACUUCUCUGGUCCUGAUGAUCACAGAUGUGUGCUCUGCAGAAGGCAAAGUGACCUGAGUAGAAUUCUGCCCAGUCUCUGCUCUAACACCUUGUGCCUGCAGCUGGCAGCUUUGGUCAGUGCUGGAAGUCUUUCUGCAGCUCAGGAGAAUAUCUGGAAAGAAUAAAUUAACUGUGGUGGUGUGUGGAGCUGCUUGGAAUAAUGUUUUUUUCAGAGAUAGGCUUUGAUUGACACUUCAGAUCUGCCUGACAAUCUUUUAUUCUAAGUGCAGUUGCUGCCUUUCUUCAGAGCAAGAAGAGCUGGUUUGGUUGCUGUCCUUCAAAUGAUGGAUCUUAUCACGUGGGAAAAAGAA